AUGGUGUCUCCCGUCCUGGUGCUAGCAGGCGCCUUAUUCCUAACAAUCCUCGUCGCAAACUACAUCCAGAACAUAAUCCACCACCGCCGCAACGCCAAACGGCUCAACUGCGCACCCAUCACCCAAGGCCCAACCGACAUCUUCGGCAUCAGACCCUUCUACCGACUCGCGCAAGCCGUCCGCGAGAAGCGCUGGGUCGAAUACAUCGCCGGCCAGUACGCCAACAACGGCUACACCUUCGGGCAAAACGUGCUAGGCCGCAAGAUCGUCUCGACGAUCGAACCGGAGAACAUCAAAGCCGUUCUCGCGACGCAGUUCAACGACUUCUGCCUCGGGACUCGACACCGCGAGUUCUACCCUUUACUCGGGGAUGGGAUCUUCACGCUCGAUGGUGCUGGAUGGACGCACUCGCGCGGCAUGCUGCGCCCCCAGUUCGCGAGAGACCAGGUCGCGGAUCUUGAUCUCAUGGAUGGGCACAUUACCCGGUUGGUCGAGUUGAUUCCGAAAGACGGCUCCAGCUUCGAUAUCCAGCCGCUGUUCUUCCUGCUGACCAUCGACUCGGCCACGCACUUCCUCUUCGGCGAGUCUGUCGGGUCGAUGGGUUCUUCUGACGAAGCAACCAACAGCCUCCUAGGGAAAUCGUCUGUUGGAAACGCCAACGGCUUCGCGCAGGCCUUCAACACAGCGCAGGAAUGGCUUGCGUCGCGAUCCCGCGCUGCGAAUUUCUACUGGAUGAUUAACCCGCAGGAGUUCAGGGACUCGAGCAAGCGUGUCCACGAAGUCGUGGACCACUACGUGCAGCUAGCUCUGGAGUCGAAGAAACGAAACCCCGAGAAGAAGCCCGGGGAUCGGUAUAUCUUCGCGGAAGCCCUUGCGGCGGAGUCUGAUGACCCCAAGCUCCUGCGCGACCAGAUGCUGAAUAUCCUGCUUGCGGGCCGCGAUACGACGGCGAGUUUGCUGAGCUCGUGUUUCUUCUAUCUGUCGCGGAAUCAGGCUGUGUGGAAGCGGUUGCGCCAGGCUAUUGUGGAUGAGUUUGGGGAUGUAACGACUCCUGGUGGAGAGAUUACGCAUGCUAAGUUGAAGAAUAUCCCGUAUUUGCGAUAUGUGUUGAAUGAGACCCUCCGCCUCAUGCCCCCCGUCCCCCUAAACUUCCGCGUCGCAGUCAAAGACACCUCCCUCCCCACCGGUGGCGGCCUCAACGGGCGCUCCCCCGUCUACGUCCGCAAAGGCCAAGUCGUCACAUACAGCGUGUUCGCGAUGCACCGGCGCAAGGACAUCUGGGGCGCCGACGCGGAGGAGUUCCGGCCGGAGCGCUGGGAGGAGAAUGGGCGGCGCGGGUGGGAGUAUCUCCCGUUCAAUGGCGGGCCGAGGAUUUGUCUCGGGCAGCAGUAUGCACUUACGGAGGCGAGCUUUACGCUGGUCAGGCUGUUGCAGCGGUUUGAUGAGGUUGUGAAUACGGAUGAGCAGGUGAAGCCGGCGAUUCAGUCCAGCUUGACCAUGUCUCAUGAUCGGGGGGUUUAUGUGCGUGUGAGGGGAGUUGAUGCUUAG